AUGUGGCUUCGUCUCCUAGUCUUCAUCGUUCUCAUUCAUCUGGUUCCCACCGUGCCCUAUCAGCUUGAUUUGAAGAAAAAUCAGAUGGAAGAGGAGUGGAUGGAUGCUCUUCGAGGCGAGUCAAAAAGCCUGCCUUUGAACGGUGGAGCGCAGUGGCAUCCUGAGUACCAAGCAAGACCUGCAAAAGAGCCGCAUACGUCGGCAACUACCUUCCUAAAACGAAUUCGUCGCAUUUUAGCCGACUACUAA